ACCAUACAAGCAUAGAAUUCCCAAGAGGAAGAAAAGUUGUAGAAAUAUUGAGAGAAGAGACAAUGGUGGCAGGAAGCUUUACUGUGGAAGUUGAAUCUUCAGUGGAGCCAAAAAGGCUGUGGAAUGCAACUGUGAAUGACUCCCACAACUUGUUGCCAAAGCAAGCCCCAGGGAUCAUAGCAGCUGUCACAAUUCUUCAAGGAGAUGGAGGUGUGGGAACCAUUCGGCAAGUCGAUUUCACUCCAGCCAACAAGGAUUUUAGCUAUGUGAAAGAGAGAGUGGACCAAGUUGAUGAGGACAACUUGGUUUUUAGUUUCAGCCAUGUGGAGGGAGGAGUGUUGGGGACAAAAUUGGCUUCAGCAAACCACCACAUGAAGUUCAGCCCCAAAGCAGGGGGUGGAUCCAUUGCGACUUUUACAGUCAGUUAUGACAGCCUCCCUGGUGUUCUCCUUGAUGAAUCCAAACUUCAGGAGUUCAAGGCCAACAGCAUUGGCUUGUUCAGACUGGUGGAGCAAUAUCUCCUUGCCAAUCCCACUUUAUAUUUAUAAAGUAUCAGGAUACAUUUCCUUUCUCAGUGGUAGCAGUGCUAAGUAUGUCUCUGUUGUAAGAAUGAGCUCAUGUCAUAACUCUUUCUUGCCUUAUGUAUUUAUCGUCAGUAUGUGUGACUAGAUCCAAGGAUAUUGUCAUGAAUUUGUGUGACUAAAUCCAAGGAUAUUUCUAGAUUCAAAACCCUAGAGUCUACUAACAAGUCACAAGCAAGAAAGUUGGGGGUAUUCCACACAAACUGGUCAUUUACACAAAAUUGCUUGAAAUCCUUGAAACCCUAGAGGCAAUUAAGAGGUAGACAUGUAUACUUACCUUACAAGUUUGUAAUUUUUACAGACCUACCCAAUGGUGCAAUCCUAGACACGGGGUCUUUUUACAAGCAACAUAUUAUAGUAACCAUAAUUCUGAUCAACAUGCCCAAUCCAAAAUGGAGGAAAAUCUGUUGACAUCAAUUUAUUUCUCUUUUAUGUAGCUCAUUAAAACAUGCACUAGAAAAACACAGUGCUUCAGGAAUACAAAAUCUGUGGCUAUCCUAUUACAAAAUGUUUAUCUUAAAAAAGCUUCUCAU